AAGUGUGAGUUUGAUCCGGCUUCCUAGUUGUACUAGAGGGAUUUUUGUGUCUUUGGAAAGCGGCUGCUUCACAACGUAGUGCCAGAGCGGAGUAAUAUAUUGUUAUUUAUUGUGUGCUUGUUGCAUGCUUUCUCGUACACAAUCGCAUGUGUGUUGCAGGGUCAAAUUAUCUCCUGGUUGCCCAACAACCUAAAAGCAGUACCAACUGUAUCCUCACUGAGCACUUCCACCUUAAGAGUCACUUAAGAUGGUGACUUUAUCAUCAAGGGGGUUGGACCCGGAAUUUUGAAUGUAUGGAAUUGAAAUCUGUCAUUUGUCGAAGGGCAAAAAGUGACUGAGGUGGAAGAAGACCUAAGUGGUAAUCCUUUCAGAUGCUGCCUGACCUGUUGAACAUUUCCAGCAUUUUCUGUUUUCAUUUCAGAUCUCCAGCAUCCGUUGUACUUUGCUUUCAUAUAAAGGUGGUAUACCAGCUCACAUAUAACCGAAUUACAAAUAGACUACCUGUAUAUCCAGUGGUACUGUUAUCACAGUUAUCUACAAUCUGACUGUACAAAUACUGACCACAGCAAAGCAGUUUCUUAGUCAACAACUACAAAGAAGAUAUUUUGAAAACAUCAGAGGUGCUUUUCAACUUUAAUUAAUAUUUGGGGUAAGAAGAGUGAUUACAAAAGGUGGUUGUAACAGAAGAUUGCUUUAAAUAAGCAGCUACUACUCAAAAGAAGGUUUUUGAGUCAUGAUGCAAGAAUCUGGGAUUGAGACAGCAAGCAACGGUUCAACCAAUCAGAACGAAGCUAGCAGUGGUAACCACUAUCCAGACAGUAGCACAAGGGAAGGGAGAUCAAACGGCGACACAUCCUCGAUUGAAGUGACUGCUGCUGAAUUGGUUCAUCUCCAGCAACAACAGGCUUUUCAGGUUGCACGACAGCUCCUGCUGCAGCAACAAGCCAGUGGGUUAAAGUCUCCCAAGGGAAAUGACAAGCAACCGACCCUACAGGUCCCAGUAUCAGUGGCUAUGAUGACACCUCAAGUGAUAACUCCCCAGCAAAUGCAACAGAUUUUACAGCAACAAGUACUGACUCCUCAGCAACUCCAGGCUUUGCUUCAGCAGCAACAGGCUAUCAUGCUGCAGCAGCAACAGCUUCAGGAGUUUUAUAAGAAACAGCAAGAGCAGUUGCAUCUUCAGCUUCUGCAACAACAACAUGCUGGGAAACCAACUAAAGAGCAACAACAGCCAAUGGCAGCACACCACUUAGCCCUUCAACAGCAGCUUCUACAAGUGCAGCAGCUUCAACAACAACACAUCAUGACUAUGCAGCGUUGUGGCUUGCUCACAGUCCAGUCCGGUCAGCCGGCUCUCUCUCUGCAAACACUGGCACAAGGCAUGACUCCAACAGAACUGCAGCAGCUGUGGAAAGAAGUGACUGGAGCUCACACAGUGGAAGAAAGUGUAACCAAAAAUGGCAGCCUAGACCUUUCUACUAGUUCAAUUUGCUCUCCGGCUCCACCACCUAAGACCUCACUACCAGUAACCCUGAUGAAUGGACAAUCUACGGGUCACACUCCAAAAAGGGAAUGCUUAUCCCAUGAGGAGCACGGGUGCAAUCAUCCCUUAUAUGGUCAUGGCGUGUGUAAAUGGCCUGGUUGUGAGGCAGUCUGUGAAGACUUUGGACAAUUUCUGAAACAUCUCAACAAUGAGCAUGCACUGGAUGACAGAAGUACAGCACAGUGUCGAGUACAGAUGCAGGUUGUACAACAGCUGGAACUUCAGCUUGCAAAAGACAAAGAGCGCCUGCAAGCUAUGAUGACACAUCUGCAUGUGAAGUCAACUGAACCAAAAUCUACUCCUCAGCCUAUUUUUCUGCCGUCUAAAAUCAAGGAGCUAUGUUUGACCAUUCCAAAGAAUAAGCUGAACCUGGUAUCGAACGUCACGUUAUCAAAGACUGCAUCUGAGGCAUCUCCACAGAGCUUACCUCACACCCCUACAACACCAACAACCCCCAUUACCCCAGUCACACAGGGACCCUCUGUUAUUACCCCAACCAGCAUGCACAGCAUGGGACCCAUCCGGAGGCGGUACCCAGACAAGUACAAUGUGCCAAUAUCCUCAGACAUUGCUCAAAAUCAAGAGUUCUACAAGAAUGCAGAUGUUAGACCUCCCUUCACAUACGCUUCAUUAAUAAGGCAGGCAAUUCUUGAAUCUCCAGAAAAGCAGCUAACACUAAAUGAAAUAUAUAACUGGUUUACACGAAUGUUUGCCUACUUCAGACGCAAUGCAGCUACAUGGAAGAAUGCAGUGCGCCAUAAUCUUAGUCUUCACAAGUGUUUUGUUCGAGUAGAAAAUGUUAAAGGGGCAGUAUGGACAGUGGACGAAAUAGAAUUCCAAAAACGAAGGCCACAAAAGAUCAGUGGCAAUCCUUCUAUUAUAAAAAAUAUACAGACCAGCCUUGCAUAUGGAUCACCACUCAAUGCUGCUUUACAGGCUUCAAUGACUGAGAGUAACAUACCUCUAUACACUACUGCUUCCAUUGGAAAUCCCACUGUAGCCACCAUGGUGGGUGCUAUUCAUGAGGAGCUAAAUGGUGCAGUGGAGCAUUCAAAUAGCAAUGAGAGUGACAGCAGUCCAGGACGUUCCCCAUUGCAAACAAUGUACCCUAUUCAUGUCAAAGAGGAGCCAAUGGACCCAGAAGAGAUGGAAGGUCCCCUGUCUUUAGUGACAACAGCAAAUCAUAGUCCAGAGCUGGACAAUGACAGAGAAUUUGAAGAGGACCCAGGGAAUGAAGACAUGGAAUGAGCAUGUUUCCCAUUUUUCCUGAGAUGAAGAUUAAAAUAAAAGAGAGCUUGUCAGACUUACCUGUGAAAUCUCUCCAUAAUGUGGAAGUUUGGAGGAAUUUUCAGCCCCUUUUUGACAAAGUAAUGAAAUGUUUUAAAUGACUUUUAGUGCCAUUAAGAAUCCCAUUGGGGAAUGUUUCUGAUUUUUUUCUACUUUUUGUUGGAAAAAUGGAAUUUGUAUUCUACAUACAUUGGAUGGACUUGUUUGGUACUUGGGAUUUUCCUCUCCUGAAGUCAACAUCAGUGUUGAAAGUUACUGAACUGUACAGUCAUACACAAAGACUUUGCAGCAGAUUUUGGACUGCAGUCCUGCCAAGUUGGACUCAUGGGUCUGAUCAAAACUGUUCAUAGUUCAAACUGCAGGUAGAGCUCUUCCCAGAACUCGCAUAUUCAAACGGAAGACUGAGGCUAAAACUGAUUUGCACAGUACUGGAAGUGGAUUAUUAAAAUAUCACUGCCUUUAAUCCACGUUUGUUUCCAUGGGGCAGGGGAGAAGGGAAAUAAUUUGUGAAAAAUAAUUAGACAAAAUUUUAUUGUAUCAUUGUUUGCUUCUGCUGCACUCAAGCAGUUUUAUAAUUGUAGGCCGCAGGCCUCUGGAGGACCUCAUUAAGCUCUAUGUUCAGCAGUAGUGGUUGAAUGUUAAGAUUUUUUUUAACCAAUGGGACAAAUGCCUGACAUCAAUUUGUAACACACACAGUAGUUUUUCUGUCAUUCAUUCCCCUUAACUUCAUUGAGAUCUUUUUUUAAAAAAAACAACAAUUAAACCUCAGAUCAGUUUUUAUUCUGUGUACAGUUUAACAAUACUGCAUUAUUUCAUUUGCUUUCAGUCAGCAAUCAGCAGACCCAACUUUUAGUAUCAACUGGCGGAAUCAAUGUUCCACGACUCCAGAGAAAGGUUCACUUAUAGAAAGGCUGCAGUAAUGAAACAAGGGGACAGAAUGACAGAAAAAAAUUGAUUAGUAACUAGCCCUUGUCUCCUGCAUAGCAUCAUAGAAUUAUUCCUGUUGUUCAGGUUCAGCAAGUAGUAAGGAGACACAGGAGUUGAGUCAAAGAAAGUAGAACAUGAAAAGUUUUGUCUGUACAAAUAAUAAUUCACACGACAGUUAAGCUUUUCAGUUAAGUUUAUGUCCAGUGCUGUGUUAAGUAGUUCUGUAGGUAGAGAUUUGUUAUUUCUGUAAACUUAGAAAACUUCACAAUAGAUGACAAAAUAGAAAGCUAUGUCACUAGAGCUUAUCUUGCAAGCUUAUAGUGACCCUGAAGCAAACUUUACGUACAGAAAGUAAUUCUGUUAAUAUAGGUCAUUGAAUUCUUUUCCAAAACACUCAGCAUCUUUCCUGUUUCAAGGCUGCGACUUGGUCACUUUUCUGUCACCACCACAUCCCCCCCCCCCCAAAAAAAAAUGUAUUUAUUUAGGACUAUAUAGGUUGGCAGUUGAAGAAGCUUUCAGAGCUUUAUUUAUUUUUACUUUUUUUUAAUCAGAUUUUUCUGAGAUUACCAAAGAUGAUCUAAAAGGUAAAUUAUAUGUUCUCUGUUUGAUGCUUUAUCUGAUGAAGCCAAAUAUCCUCUUAUUGUUGAUCAAAGGAGGUACCAGAAUCGAGAGGGGGAAAUGGCUAAAAAUGGACUGAUGCACAGACAGUAACCUGUGAUGUUAAAGUCUCCUUUUAACAGUGUCUGCAACAGGCCAGGUGGAUGUUUGAACCAAAGGUAUUGUCUCUGAAAAUUCAGCUUUCUCUUUCCUAUAAUGACCAAGUUUGCUCACUGUAGGAAGAUGUAAUUGGUGACCAAACCAGGGAACUAUAUCACUGAGGCCAGAAAAAAAGGGAGCAUUCCAUCAACGGAAGGUGAAUGUAGAUCCUUUCUGUGCAGAUAAGAGUGACACAAAAAGUGAAGAUGCAAGAUUCAAGUGGUAGUACAGAGAGAAAAGGAAUAGCUUCCAUGAUGGAACUGGACCACAUAAUAGUGUUUUAGGAUAAUGCUCGUUAGGGAGGCUGUAUUUGAAAGAUAGUGUGCCACUUUUGUUUGGAGACCAAUAUGUUUUGUGCCAAGAUUACUUAUUUUUGGUUUGCUUUGGCACACAUCUUCAAAUUUGUUUAGUUUUUGUUCCAGCAUUCUUCAUGCAAAAGCACUCAUAAGCUUGGUACAAGAGACAUUACAGCAGAUUUUUUUUAAGCUUAAUCCAACUUUCUGUUAAAUGGACAGUCUGUGGUCUUUUGAAAUAUAUAUUUGUAAUGGCAUUCCAGGCAGCUUCAUGAGGAUGUGCAGGCAGUAGCUAAAUGGGAUCAUGAGAAGAGAUCCCAUACUUUCAAAUUGAGUGGCCUGUUGGUUAACUCCGUAUUUGAGGGAAUAAGAAGAUGGUUAGAUUAGUACAUUCUCAGCAUGUGUAGCUAGACAUGACUAAAGUUAACAGCAUGAGAAACUGUUAGUACGCAUACCUCAGUUCAAACUUUUAGGGAAUGAUAAAUAAAACAUUUCACUCAGUUGCACUUAGUUGUAUGUCUUGCAUGUUUAGUCUAAAGACUAGCAAAAUUAGAGCUUGCAUAUCUAGCAGGUGCCACAGCCUUUCAGCAGAAUCAACUCUGAACCUCAGGCUCUUUAUGUACAGGAUUUCAAUGAUUGAACGUUGUCACCAUAUCCGUUUGGAUAUACAGUUGCUUCUAAAGGGUGGGGGUUUGUUACAUUGUACAUAAAUAUCCCAAUGUGUCGGUGCAAGCCUUUGUCUUUUCUGUUUCUUUUUAAACACUUCUUUCAAACAAAAACAAAAAAAGUCUGUUAAAUCACAUUUGCUUUUGUGCAACUGCUUUGUAUUGACUAUAUUAAAAGAAAGCUUUGAAAACUACUGUAUGUAUUGAAACUGCAAAUGUUCUGCACAUGUAUUUUAAUUAUUAACCCUUGCUUUAAGAAUAACAGAAGUUAUUUGCUGACAUUUGGGAGAAAAUCCCCUUUUUUUUGCUUUAACUGUAGUACAGUUGACAGAAUUUUAAGUUACUAUUGAACGAAGCAUUUUGUACAGUUUUGUUUGUGUUAGGCUGUUUUGAUACUUCCCGCUUACAAAGGUCCAACCACUGCCCUCUGCAGCUGUCUUAAAAGUUUGAAGGAUUUGGAGAAGACAGUUUAAAAAGUCAUUUCUCUUCCUGCUGUCGUGAAUACUUAGCAUGAUGAAUUCCAGGGCCAGUUGCAGUGAAGUAAUGAUUAUUAAAACUGGGGAGUGUCAACCUGUUGAAUAAUUUUUUUAAAAAAAGAACUUUACAAGGUGCCAAGAUGUAAAGACAAUUUGUUACAUGCUUUUUCUCUAAGAAAAGCGUACAUUAUCAUGAUCGAAGUACCAUGAUUCAGGUAACUUCAAUGUCAGGAAUGAGAGUCACGGCCUUCUAUACAGUCAAAAGCCAGUGAAUAAAAAUCUGAUUGAUUCUUAAAGGUUGUUUGGAAAUGGUACAGAAUGAGGACAUUGUGUUAUCAUGGUGCUUUGAACGUUGUUGCUGCCAGUUAAGAGAUUAUUGUAGAGGCAUACAGGAACUCAUUCCUUACAUCAGUGUAAUCCAUCAUUCCAUGUCUGUUGAUACAGACAAUAAAAAAAUUCAUUGUGUAGUCAGUACUAAUUACUGACAUUAGCAUUCUCAAAUGCAAUAAAAAUGCUGGUUGUUCA